AUGGCCACCCCUUUAUGGACUGCUCAUCCUGAGUGCCCAGAGCAUGUAAAAGCGCAGCUCGAAGCGCGCGUACGGUCCUUCCCCUCCUCCUUCCUGCUCGCCCCUGUCGACGGCGAGGUCUUUGAGAACCCAGAUAUCUGUCAAGAGCGGCUCCAGGGCUGGGCACUAUCGCAGGGUUUUGCUAUUGUACGCAAAAGUGGUAGCAUGAAGCAAGCGCGCCCGCGGUUCGAAUUUCGCUGUAUUCAUCACGGAGAUAAUACCCUAGAUACUCGUCAUUUAGAGCAACAUGUGGAGAGAGACGAGGAGAAUCGAAUUACUAGCCGUCGCAAGCAAGAAGCGACUAGUAUCAACGCUCGCAGCUGUCCUUACAUGGUCUAUCUUGCGUACAAACAAGUCGGCAAGCGUGGAUCUGGCAUAUACGGCCUUGUUCUGGGGAUCUCUAGCGAUUCUCAUAGCCAUUUGAUGGCUGCGAAUCCGUUGAGAUACAGAAAAGAGCAUGUCAAAACGCUGCCUGCAUUUCUGCCUGCUUUGACGCUGGGUAGGUCUCUUCGUACGGCCAAUAUCUCAUAUUCUGUGGCCCUCAGAGUGCUUGAGCAGGUAGGUUUUCCUCUGGAUCGCAAUACCUACUAUAACAUUCGAUCUCGCGCUGUUUCUGCUGAGCAUACCGAAUUCGCUGGCCUUGUUGUUGCUCUUGAGGAGGCUGGAUUCAUCUUCGAAUGCCGAAUCGAGGAGGAGAUCGAUUCUCAAACUGAUACUGUCGUCAACAGGCAGUUACAGCAAGUCUGUAUGCUCAACGCUUUAUAG